ACUCCAAUCUUGCUGCGAAGCUCGAGGAACUUCAUUCUCCUGAGGGAUUUCGUCAAGAUAUCUGCCAGUUGUCCUUCAGUGCAGAUGAGUUUGUGAAGGUUUCUUGGAGCUGAGAAGAUGGUGCUGAAGACAGAACUUUGCCGUUUCAGUGGCCAGAAGAUCUAUCCAGGGAAAGGCAUCCGGUUUAUCCGUGCUGAUUCUCAGGUGUUCCUUUUUGCCAACUCAAAAUGCAAGCGCUACUUCCACAACCGCCUGAAGCCUGCAAAGCUUACCUGGACAGCAAUGUACAGGAAGCAACACAAAAAGGAUAUCCAUGCUGAAGCUGUCAAGAAGAGGCGCCGCACCAUCAAGAAGCCAUACUCCAGGUCAAUUGUCGGUGCUUCAUUGGAAGUCAUCCAGAAGAAGAGAGCUGAGAAGCCCGAAGUCCGUGAUGCUGCUAGAGAAGCGGCUCUUCGCGAGAUCAAGGAGCGCAUCAAGAAGACCAAGGACGAGAAAAAGGCCAAGAAGGCGGAGGUGGCCAAGUCCCAGAAGUCGCAGACGAAGGGCACCGUACAAAAGGGUUCCAAAGGCCCGAAGCUGGGCGGCGGCGGCGGAAAGCGCUGAGUUUCAGCCUGAAAGUUUCUAAGCGUGGCAACCGUCCAUUCACUUCGUCAGCGGGCUAAACCUUGUCGCACCAAGACUUCGCUUUGUAAAACCGCGGUUGAAUUAGCACGAUUGAUUUACGUUUCACCGAUGCCAGUGAUAAACACCAUGGCGAUGAAUGAAUUCUCUAUCGGGAAAAAAAUUGCUGUUCGCAUGCU